CGUAUUUUUUUUUCUUCUCGAAAUAUCUAAUCUGAAUAACAAAAUCCACUGAUUAAGACCAAUGUUACAGCCGGCAGAAAUCCCUGCUGAUACGGGCUUGUUGUGUCGACUGUAACAAGUUGUCUUGUGUGUUUUUAGCAGUGUUGAGAGAGCUAUCCACGCACUGAUCUAGCUACGUUACUUACUGAUUGCCGCUAUGGCAGUUGCUUAGGUACAGAAUUUGUCAGGCAAAGUAGAUAUUCGCCGAGCAGUAGAGAGGUUGUCUGCAAUUCUCUUCCGAAGAGUUUGUCUUGGUUUAAUCCAUAGCGCUGGAGACACACUUUCAAACCCAGAUUAAGUCUGUAUAUAAACUGAACAAAUGGUUAUUUUCAAUGCUGAAUUACUAUUGUCAUUGCAAUCCAAGACUGGGUUUAAUUCAUGUAUAUAAAUGUAAAUGGGACAAGUUGUGUGUACUGCAGUACAAGACUGGUUUUGUGUUCUACAGCAGUGCACACGCCUUGUCCCAUUUACAUUUAUGGCAUUUAGCAGACACUCUUAUGCAGAGACUUACAAAAGUGCUUUUUCAUUUCCCCAUAGAACAUAUUCUGGCCAGUACAGUAAGUUAGAGUCCAAUAUACCAAUGAACUAGAAUACUGUUGAAAUACAGAGAUCAAUAAGUGCAAUAAACAAUAAGUACUAGAGUUUUAGUCGACAAAGAAGCAGUCAACAUCAUUGUAAUAAACAAUACCCUACAAUAAGUACUAGUUUCAGUUAGUCAACAUGGGAGCAGGUUCAGUGGUCAUUUAAAUAUUCCACAAAUGGAUGGGUCUUUAGUCUGCGUUUGAAGACUGCAAGGGGCUAUGCUAUCUGGACAGCAGGAGGAAGUAUGUUCCACCAUCUAGGAGCCAGGACGGAGAAUACUCUCGAUGCUUGUCUUCCAUGAGUCUUGAAGCAUGGUAUUUCAAGCCGAGCCGUACUUCAGGUUCAAAGUGCUCAGGCUACUGGAAGCCAAUGAAGGGAGCGCAGCAGUGGAGUGACAUGUGAAUUUCAGAAGAUUGAAGACCAGUCGUGCUGCUGCAUUCUGGUCAAGUUGGAGAGGUCUGAUGGUUCUUAGAGGAAGACCAGCAAGUAGUGAGUUGCAGUAGUCGAGCUUUGAGACGACAAGAGACUGCACAAGUGCCUGGCAGCUUCCUGCGAGAGAAAGGGCCAAAUCCUUCAUAUGGUAAAAAGAAGUCUGCAGGACCAGGUGGCCAGAAUCCUAAAGAAAUCUGAAUGUGAACGAACUGAGGAGGACUUUGCUCUGCUUCAGUGCCAUCAGGAUACGGUUCAAGAACUAAAUAAGCGUCAAAAUCGAAGAAGUGUCCUGAAAAGGAAGCAAGAAGAGCUCUUUGAUGAUGCUGAGGAACUGAGGACCAAAGUGAAACAGUUGGCUGAUGCGAUUUGCCAAGCCCAGCAUGCUAUCAUCUACACAGGGGCCGGCAUCAGCACGGCAGCCUCCAUCCCAGAUUAUCGUGGACCAAAUGGAGUGUGGACUCAGUUACAGAGAGGACAGACUGUCAGGGCAUCGGACCUAAGUGAUGCAGAACCGACUCUGACUCACAUGUGUAUCCGGAUACUGCACAAACUGAGAAUGGUUCAACAUGUCGUGUCCCAGAACUGUGAUGGUCUCCACCUGCGUAGCGGCCUGCCCAGACAUGCCCUCUCUGAGUUGCAUGGGAAUAUGUUCAUAGAGGUGUGUACUUCUUGCUCUCCGGUGCGGGAGCUGAUCCGGCUGUUUGACGUGACGGAGCGCACGGCGCUGCACCGGCACGGGACGGGACGGCUGUGCGUGCACUGCGGGGCCGAGCUGCGGGAUACCAUCGUGCAUUUUGGCGAGCGGGGCACCCUGGAGCAGCCGCUCAACUGGAAAGGAGCCGUGCAGGCGGCACAGCAGGCUGACCUCAUCCUGUGCCUCGGCUCCAGCCUGAAGGUCCUGAAGAAGUAUGCCUGUCUAUGGUCCAUGAAAAAGCCAGUGGCUAAAAGACCCAAGCUAUAUAUUGUCAACCUACAGUGGACACCAAAAGAUGAUUUAGCCACUCUGAAAAUACAUGGAAAAUGUGAUGAUGUAAUGCAGCUACUGAUGGAAAAGUUGGGUGUUGAAAUCCCAAACUACAACAGAAUAGAGGACCCAAUCUUCAUCUUGGCAACACCCCUGAGCCCAGAAGAAGAGGACAGUCACAGCCGUAAAGCGCUAGCGGCCCCUGCUACUUUGGAGGGCUCUGUGCCAAAUGAUAGGAGUAAAGCUGAAGAGAAUAUGAUACAGGGUGGGUGGUUUGGACGAGGAUAUUCCAAAGCCAGGAAAAAAAGGAAAUCAACAUAGUUAACUAUGGUUUCACUUCAGAAACAUCCAGGGUAAGGAAUAUCAAAAGACAGAAAAACAAAAGUUAGCAUAUAAAGGCCUGAGUUAAUUUUGCUUUAGACCCCAAAAUUCUGUGAUUUUUGUCAGUUGCAAGUCAAGGUGACUGGACUUACUUCUACACAAGUCAGUGACCUAGAUGACAUCAAACUAUAAACAACUUCUCUACCUUGUAAGGAGACAUUUGCCUUCUACAGCUAAAAAAUAAGAUGCCAAUGUAUUCUGUGAAUCUAUUAUUUAGAACAGUCAAAAAUGUCAUUGAAACUGAGAAAACCAGACUAAAUUUAGUCUUCACUGUAAGGAGUCAUAUUCAUCCAUGAAUUAUAAGUGAGCUGAGCCUUUAAGGGAACAAAUAAUUGUGCUAUAACAGUGGCAAUGGUGAUUGGUUUCAGUAUUAGCUGUUUGCACCUUAUUAUUCUCUCAGGUAUUCAACCCAAGCAAUACGUGGUGUUUUUACAAAACUGUACAAGACGCAUGUAGACUUGGUUGUGCUGAAAAGAUUUCUUAAAAGCAGAAUUAUAGAAUAAUGGAUCAUUGAAAAGUGAUCUAUAAAUCUAACAGGAUUUAUGGAAAACCUGACUUGAUAUAUUAUUCUGUAAUCGUCAUAAUCAGUGUUGGGGAAGCUGAAACCGGUCAGUGUUUACAGCCACUGGCUCUUUAGACGUGCUGGAGCUGGACAAUGCAUAUAAAGUCAUUCAGGGUGCUUUAUGGCUAGCAGAUGGGUUGUAUCAGUGUUAAAGUAAAUUGUGCAGUGGUCAUAAAUUCCAGCUGCUCUGCACUAGAUAAAAGUAGUUAGCUAUGUUAAAACUAAUUUUUACAGACUACUAGGAAUCCAUUUCAUAAAUAAUAUAUAAAGCUUCGUGACUAAUAAAAAAAAAAAAAGAGAGAGUUUUGAAUGGGCAAUUCAACUAAGUGUAAAACAAGCUGGCUCCCUGAACCUAAUAGAUUUAACAAACUUAGAUUUAACUCCAACACUGCUUUUUAUACUGGUGUUUACAUGAGAAAUAUAAGUAAUGUUAAUGAAGAAAAUCUUUUAAGUUACUGAUUUUUGCAUCUCAUCUGUGAAAGGAAUUUACUGAUCCACAAAUAAAUGGAGUUUGCAUUUAAAAAUAAUGUUUGUUUAGUAAUGUUUAUCUACUUAUUUACUAUGUGUACCUUUAAUAUAUCUAAUUCAGAUUAAUAUUUGUUCAGUAGAGGUUUAAUCCAGUGAUGGUUUGAUUUAGCUACCUCUUGCAGUGUGUUUCCACAGAUUAAACAAUGCAGGUAAAGAAAGGAUUUAGUCACAAGAUUAACUAGAGUGAUUGACAGUUACAAGCUAGAUCUGUCACUCUGGACAGCGAAAUGAGACACAGAAUUUCCCCUUCAGUUUUCUGUGGUAUUUUUAGUUGGUUUAGAUUAAUGUAAGUUUAUAUGGGUAUUAUAUGUCUUGUAUUUACAAGAAAAACCACUUUAAUGCUUAAAUGUUCUUGUUACUUUUAAUUUUUUGGUGUGUCCUGAAUAAACAAACAUGGAUUUAAAAAAAA